UUCACGUGGAAAACUAUAGAGCCGAUCGCCGCCAUUGGUAACGAUCAAUAUAAACAAAGUGACUGUGAAAGCGGCCUAUCACAACAACGCCAAUCAAUAAUCAAGAAUCAAGAACUAGGACCAUAAGUGGGAGCCGUUACAAAGGCAAUCCCACGCCUACUAUAAAGUGGGACCAAAAAAGAAUGCGUAUAGAGGGGAGAUGUCAAGAAGAAGAAGCGCAUCUGGCAACACUGGGCAUGAUGUAAACAAACCCUCAGCCCUGACCAGCGAGGAAGUGGAGGGGGUGCGCAGUGCCUGAGAUGGGCCAGUGGACACGUCUGAGGCUGUGACUGGAGGAGAGAUGGGCCACAGUGCCGAUAAGUCCGGGGGCGGGGGGGGAGUGGCACUGCUCGGCGCCUGGCUGGCCUCCGCGUGGCACCGACCCUCAGACUAUGAAAUGCUGGUGCCACUGUGCAUAAAUGUAGUGCUGUCAGCGGUGGGGGUUGGGGUGGUUCUGAGGGCCAUCCCUGCACUCUCCUCCAUGUUCAUUGAUGCAGGACUUUUUGGCCGCGACCUCUGCAAGGCAGACCGCACCAAGAAAAUACCCGAAUCCAUGGGGAUGGUCAGUGGGUCAGUGUUCCUGGUGAUCAUGUUUCUGUUCCUGGGUGUUCCAUUCGGCCAACACUUCAUAAAUUCAUCCAAGCCCUUCCCACAUGCAGCCUUCUCCGAGUACCUCACCUCCUUGCUCUCCAUCUGCUGCAUGUUGUUCCUUGGAUUUGCUGAUGAUGUUCUCAAUCUCAAAUGGAGAUACAAGCUGGUGCUGCCCACACUUGCCUCUCUGCCACUCCUCAUGGUGUACUACAUCAACCAGGGCUCCACCACUGUUGUUGUGCCCCGCCUGCUGCGUGCCUGGAUGGGUGGGACACUCAACAUAGGUGUGCUGUACUACAUUUACAUGUCAAUGUUGGCUGUGUUUUGCACCAAUGCCAUCAACAUCUAUGCUGGUAUCAAUGGCCUAGAGAGUGGGCAGGCUGUGGUAGUGGGUGCAUCUGUGGCAGUGUUUAACAUCAUGGAAUUAGGGGGCUUCCAGGCCAGGUCCCAUUUCUUCUCUGUAUGUGUCAUCAUUCCCUUCAUCACCACCUCACUGGGCCUCUUCUACUACAACCGUUAUCCUGCCAGAGCCUUUGUGGGAGACACCUUCACCUACUUUGCUGGCAUGACCUUUGCUGUAGUUGCCAUCAUUGGACACUUCAGCAAGACUGUGCUGCUCUUCUUCAUCCCACAGAUCUUCAACUUCCUGUACUCAGUCCCUCAGCUCUUCCACCUUGUGCCGUGCCCAAGACAUCGCCUUCCACUGUACAACAGGAAAGUGGACAAGCUGGAGCCCAGUGUGGUGGAGUUCAAGGGUGGCAGCAUCAGGUGGCAGGUCAUGGCAGCCCUGAGGUUGCUGAGGUGGCUGAAGCUGGUGGACCUACAGGAAGGGUUAGGGGAGGAUGGGGAGCUAUGUCAGAUGAACAACCUGACUCUAAUCAACCUAGUGCUGGUGUUGCUGGGUCCCCAGCACGAAGGCUCCCUCACCACCAAGCUGCUGGUGCUGCAGGCCCUCUGCUCAGGCCUGGCACUGUUCAUCCGUUACCCUUUGGCAGACCUGUUCUUCUAGGAGACAGCUGGGCAGCUUCUGUACCUCACCGACAUCACAUAUCAUCACACCUUGACCUAUGUCGUCUUAUCAUUUUAUAGAGAAAUGACUAAUAUGCAAUUAAAUGAGCACAUGGGAAAUAUGAGUAGGGCUCAUAUGAAGCAUAUUUAGGACUUCCCUUGGCACUAAGGGAUUAUAUAUGUGUAGUGUGUGGAGAACCACUGUAUGCACUUGUGAUAGGUUUGUUAAUAAAAGUGUUUUUAUAG